AUGCAUGGCCAGGAGACCAUCCAAGCACCUACAGACUUAGCAGACAGCCCCAGCAUAUCUUCCAAGGAAGAAACCUCAGCAGCAGACUCAGUGAAAGCUGACACCUGUGCCAGAGAGUGGCUGCAAUACCAGGGCAAUUGCUAUGGCUAUUUUGAGACUCAGAUGACCUGGCACGAGGCAGAGAUUGAGUGCCAGAGUUACAGGCGUGGGGCCCACCUUGCUUCCCUCCUUACCCCCGCAGAGACCCUCGUGGUAGCCAAUCACAUCGCUGCUUACCAGACUGACAUCAGCAAUGUCUGGAUUGGUUUGCAUGACAUCCGACAUAGUGGGAAAUGGAGGUGGUCAGAUGAGUCUACCUACAACUACAAAGCCUGGAUGCUGGGGGCACCCAACAACUUGGGGAAGGACGAGUAUUGUGUUGAGCUGAGGCAUUCUGUGAGAGAGGAAGUUGUUCCUGGUGAUGGCGCACCUGAGCAAAUAGCAGUAGGAGCUCCCAUGGGAAGUGCCCAUGAAAGAAGAUGCCAUCCUGAAGAAAGAGUUCGCAGCGAACGUGCAGAAUUCACCAAGUGGAAUGAUGCAAAGUGCCACAAACUGAACGCCUACAUCUGCAAACAUGAACUGUAGCAAGGGCCUGGAUUCAACUGUGCUUGGGAGAUACUUGGGAUGCAAAGGAAGGGGACUCCCCAGUGGAUCUUCUCUGAUCUCCAGGACAUCUUGGGGGCUUUCUUUUAUUAAAGGACCAGGCCUCCCAAGACAACGGACACAGAUCAUGCUUAACCCAAGGCCAUUGUCCCAUAACAGAAAAGUCAUACUUUAUGUUAUAUAUGUUAGUUUCUGUUUCCCUCACUGAGCAGCUGCUUGCAGUCACAGGACUGU